GUUAAAUUAGGUCAACGGGGGUUCCCUGCCCCAAAUGCAGGGGUGGAAAAAAUAAAUCGAAGGCAUCACUACGAAAUCGUCAAUCUCUGGCACAGCAGAGAUCAUAUACGGCUGUGGUAGAGAGUGCACACAAUUACCUGAAAUACGUUGUAUUUCAGAACCGUUUACAGUCGACCAUUCGUAUUUAUUUACUAAACUUGAAUUCUGUCUCCAUAGAUAGGUCCUUCAUAAGCACUUAAUAUUGUUUACCAAAGAAAUGGUGAUGGAGAAGCCAAGUCCCCUGCUUGUAGGGCGGGAGUUUGUGAGGCAGUAUUACACACUCUUGAACAAGGCACCAGAUUUUCUUCACAGGUUCUAUGGAAGGAAUUCUUCCUAUGUUCACGGGGGGCUUGACACAAGUGGGAAGCUGGCAGAAGCAGUGUACGGGCAAGCGGAAAUCCACAAGAAAGUCAUGUCCCUGCAGUUUAGUGAAUGCCACACAAAGAUCCGGCAUGUCGAUGCCCAUGCCACUCUGAGUGAUGGAGUCGUGGUUCAGGUCCUUGGAGAACUGUCAAACAACGGUCAACCUAUGAGGAAAUUUAUGCAAACAUUCGUGCUUGCUCCAGAGGGCUCCGUGGCAAACAAGUUCUAUGUCCACAACGACAUCUUCUGUUAUGAGGAUGAGGUCUUUGGAGACUCUGAGGCUGAGCUGGAUGAAGAAUCAGAGGAGGAGGUUGAGGAGGAGGCAGAGGAGAGGCAGCCAUCACCUGAGCCGCUUCAGGAGAGCCCCAACAGCACCACCUACUAUGAGCCUCACCCUGUCACUAAUGGAGUAGAGGAGCCGAUGGAGGAACCAGCUCCAGAACCAGAACCAGAGUCGGAACAAGAACCAAAAGUAGAGGAGAUUCGGCCCGAGGUAGAGGAAAAGGUUAUGGAAGAAAUGGAGGAGAAGGCGCCUUCACCAGCACCUGUAGAGUCUCCACCAAACCCCCAGGAGCCCCCCAAGCCUUUCUCCUGGGCUCUGGUGACCAGUAAAAACCUUCCUCCUACUGGCACAGUCCCCUCUUCUGGAAUCUCCCCACAUGUUGUUAAAGCUCCGAGCUCACAGCCCAGAGUUGAAACAACAAAGCAAGAGACGCAGGCAGCACCGCUUCGCCCCAGAGAUCAGCGAACCCGCGAUAGACCAACCUUCACCCAGCGAGGUCCCCGACCCAAUGGUGUUGGAUCUUCAGAGACACAAACAGGGAAGCCACACUUAAGUUUUGUUAACAAAGGUGGCAGAGGAGACUCUGAAUCCGGGGACAUGGACAGCAGGAGGAUUGUGCGGUACCCGGACAGCCACCAGCUGUUUGUUGGCAACCUUCCACAUGACAUCGAUGAGAACGAGCUCAAGGAGUUUUUCAUGACUUAUGGGAACGUGGUUGAGCUGCGAAUCAACACCAAAGGAGUCGGUGGGAAGUUGCCCAACUUUGGGUUUGUGGUCUUCGAUGACCCCGAUCCCGUGCAAAGAAUCCUGGGGGCCAAGGUAGAAGGGCCCAUCAUGUUUCGAGGUGAGGUUCGUCUCAAUGUGGAGGAGAAGAAGACGAGAGCUGUGCGUGAGCGAGAGACCCGUGGAGGAGAUGACCGUCGGGACUUAAGGCGCAACGACCGGGGUCCUGGGGGUUCACGAGGUGUCAUGGGAAGUGGAAUGAUGCGUGAACGCGACGGGAGGGGGCCGCCACCUCGAGGCAGCAUGGCGCCCAAACCCGGCAUGGGCUCUGGACGAGGCUCCAGCGGUCAGGGAGAAGGCCGCUUCCCAACCCAGCGCCGCUGAGAAGACCGCUUUAGCGUGGAAGUAGUAUUGUGUUCUUCAUCUUGAACCGUUCUCGUUAAUGAAAAGAAAUCGUCUUGUAAAAAGUAAAUAUUUGGUGUUUCCUUUUUUUCUUUUCCUUUUUGCUUUGGAAUGUGACACAGCCUGUCAAACAAUUUGUUUGUGAAAUAGACAAAACCAAAUAAGCAAACAAAACAUGUCGCUUAUUAGUCGUGAGCAUCCUUUUUGGGUAUCUCAAGAAUUAAAACUUGAAUUUGUCAAUUUGUGAAUAAAGACAAACCAACCAGGACUAUUCUGCCACAUUAGGAGGGACUGAGAAGACUUUAAACUUCAACAGUGCAGCCCGGCGUUUUGAGAAGAGAUUAUAAACCUUGACAUAACCGUCAUGUUGAUUCAUGAGUCCUCUGUUGCACAAUUUAUAUCGUAGUUUUCUGCCCGUUACUGUUGAAGAAGAGUGCAGUUUGAGGAAAGGCCUGGGCUUUUUCUUUUCUCCCUUUUGAAAGACCACUGCUUCAAAAUUGCAUAAUGCACUCACCAAUAUGCACUAAUGGGUACUUUGUUACGUUACGUUGUCAUCCAUGCUCUGAGCACAGCUGGAGAGACCUGUUUUGUUCUAAUGCGAUACGACUUGCUGAGACCGGUCUCAGUCACGGCCUGGCUGCUGUGACCAAUGUACUUUUCACACGUCUGACCCAAAUCAAUGCUUCGGUCACUGCUGGAAGGACAAAGCUACGUUGUACCUUUCUUCAUUUGUAAGCCCAAAAGUUCAGUUCCUGGACUUGACUUUGACCACAUGAGAUGGAUCAUUAACAGUAGACAAUUAAAUAAUAUGGCUCUGAUUGUCUUUUUGAUUCCAGGUUUGUUUGUUUUGGGGGGGGGGUUUUCUGCCAGCUUGACUGCAACACUGGGACGAGAGAAACCUUCUCCCUCCCUCCCUGCUUUUGAACGUGGAGUAGCCAAAUAAAUGUACAGCAAAAAUCAUAGUUUGUUUUUCUCUGUAUAAUGUUAUUCUCCUGGCUUGAUUAAAAAAGCAUGAUGGUGCCUUCUACUUCACCUUUUCAAGUCUUACUGAAGUGCAAAGCGGUUUGUGGCUCCUGGCUUGCAGAGCUGCUCAUUUUGAACUAUACAUUCUGCUGGGAGCAGAUUGAAACAACACAGUAUUCAUAAGAUUUGUGUAAUUCAGGUGCAUAAUUAAUUUUUUAAACAUUGUUUUACAACCUGAGAUGGUCUGCUGUGAGCUUUGUACAAUUUUUGUUGCUGUAAUCUUCUGGGUUUUGUAGAAACAAAUGGGUGCCUCAAGUUCUGGUUUAUGGUUCAAAUAACUUCCCCGCUUUCUCCCCAAAACAUACCAAUGGUACAUAAAGAGAAAUGUUUGGUUUAACACAUCAUGGCCCUGCAUCACCACGGUUUCAUUAAACGUUUGUAAGGUGAUCCAGACACUGUUGAACCUCCUUGUGUGCUUUUUGUUCUGCGGAUGAAUCCCUGGACUUGUUUUAUUUUUCCUACCAACACUUUUGUAUUGACCUGUGUGGUUGGGCUGCAGCUCUCAUGUUGAGGACAAUUGUGCACACUUUUCUAUUGUGAAUGCGUUUGUAUUUUCAUAUUGCUGAUUAUUCAAUGUGCUUAUUUUAUUUUUUACCAUUCAAGACAAGUUUAACGCGGUUGCCAUGGUAGUUGGCUCCUUUCUUGUUUACCUUUUUGUAUGCUUGGUAGGGAGGGAAGACUGGUUUCAGCUGGAAAGGAAAACAUGAAAGUUUUUUGUUGUGAUUGUUUUAUCUUGCACUGAAAUGAGAAGUAAAAUGAAGAUGUAGCAUUUUUCUUGACAAACAUACCAAGGUCUUCCUUGUCUGGUGGUAUUGCACUAUUUCCAAAUUUCCUGCGACAAUCUGUCACUGAAUAAUCGCUUUCAAAAAAAUUUUUUUUCCCUCUAAUCUGGUGAAGAAAAAUGGUGUGUCAUUAAAUUUUUUUGAUUUCGAGUAACAGCAAAAUGAGAUAUCCAGACGUAGCAUAAAAAGGCUGAUUUCUCAGCUGCUCUCCCUUGUUUGAGAUCAGAUGUUUUCUGUUUUAAAACAGCUAUAAUCUACCAUCAGCUGGUGACGUAAUGAUUUAUUACACAAAUAUUCACAAGGGUUCUUCCACAUCAUUAUUUUUCUGAUGAUUUUCCUGAUCUGGACACUUAAUUGAAAUCAUCCUUUGCAUUACAGCAGUGGUUGGUGAGUGGUGAAGAGGAGCCAUCAUGCUUUCAGACCAAUCAUGGGCUUUUUCUUGUUUAUUAUAGAAACAAUGUUUAAGGAAACAACAUAGAAAUCUGUUGUUUUUCUGAGCUUGAUCUCUACCCAUAUACUGUAAAGGAUCCUCACAAGGAAAUGGCAAUUUGUCAGUUAAUUUUCCUUUGAUUUCAAACGCUGUUAGUGGAUCCUCAUGAAUCAUUCCAAAUCCUAGAGUGGAAAUAGAUGUACCUGUUGGCUUUAGCAGGUGUGGUAAACAGCGGGCUGCCAUCUUAGUUCUACUGUGUUUACCCUUUUUCUUGUUAGAAAAAUGUUGCAGGUGGAUGACUUUUUUUCUCUUAGAGUUUUUCUUUUCCAUUCUGAAUGUGUUGGAUUUAACAUAAAAUAAACUACUGAUAACA